CAAGUAUCGAUACUCCACCCUUCUUGGUCAUGCACAGUCAGUGUACCUGGACAUGAUCUGAAAUGCUUAAAGUUAAACCACCCACCUUAAGCUCUUAUUCUUCAACAUUGCUUUCGCUUUCAAAGCAUUGUCAUUUAAAUAUUCCUACUCCUAUUCAAACUAAAAGAGCCACCGGCUACCCAACUCUCAUGGCGACUUUGUCCGGCGUUUCCACUCAGAAAGAUGCCGUUUCCCAACAAAAUGUGUCGACCCAGAACAGCAAUCGGCCAGUACAGGUUGCUCAGCGCUUGGAAAAAUUCAAAACUACAAUUUUUACACAAAUGAGUAUGCUUGCUAUCAAACAUGGAGCCAUAAAUCUUGGCCAGGGCUUCCCCAACUUUGAUGGUCCAGAUUUUGUUAAAGAAGCAGCAAUUCAGGCUAUUAGGGAUGGGAAGAACCAAUAUGCCCGUGGAUUUGGAAUUCCAGAGUUUAAUGCUGCAAUUGCUGCCAGAUUUAAGAAAGAUAGUGGACUAGUGGUGGACCCUGAAAAGGAAGUCACUGUUACCUCUGGGUGCACAGAAGCCAUUGCUGCAACCAUAUUAGGUUUGAUCAAUCCUGGUGAUGAGGUGAUCCUUUUUGCUCCUUUUUAUGAUUCUUAUGAAGCCACCCUCUCCAUGGCUGGUGCCAAAAUCAAAUGCAUCACAUUGCGCCCUCCUGAUUUUGCUAUCCCCAUUAAUGAGCUCAAGUCCGCAAUCUCAAAGAAUACUCGUGCAAUUCUUAUGAACACUCCACAUAACCCCACUGGAAAGAUGUUCACUUGGGAAGAACUUGAUGUUAUUGCAUCCCUUUGCAUUGAGAAUGAUGUGUUGGUUUUUUCUGAUGAAGUCUAUGAUAAGUUGGCUUUUGAAAUGGAUCACAUUUCUAUAGCCUCUCUUCCUGGAAUGUAUGAGAGGACUGUAACUAUGAAUUCCCUAGGGAAGACGUUCUCUUUAACAGGGUGGAAAAUUGGGUGGGCAAUAGCACCUCCGCAUCUGACAUGGGGAGUGCGACAGGCACACUCUUACCUUACUUUUGCUACAUCCACUCCAAUGCAGUGGGCAGCUUCAGCAGCUCUUAACGCCCCAGACUCGUACUAUGUGGAGCUAAAGAAGGAUUAUAUGGCUAAGAAGGCAAUUUUGGUGGAGGGCUUGAAUGCUGUUGGUUUCAAGGUAUUCCCAUCAAGUGGCACGUACUUUGUGGUUGUAGAUCACACUCCCUUUGGGCUGGAAACGGAUAUUGCAUUUUGUGAAUAUCUGAUCAAGGAAGUCGGUGUUGUGGCAAUUCCAACUGGUGUAUUUUACUUGAAUCCAGAGGAGGGAAAGAAUUUGGUCAGGUUCACCUUUUGCAAAGAUGAAGGAACUUUGAGGAGUGCAGUUGAGAGGAUGAAGGAGAAGCUGAAGAGAAAGUGACUGCUGUUAAGUUAUUUGGACUCAGUUAUGUCGGAGUAUGUUCUUAUUAUAAUGCUUGGCAUUUCCAGGUUUAUGUUAGUUUAUUUUAAUUCUCAGAACAAUAAAUAUCAUUUGAAUAAAUAGAAUUGUGCUUUCUGUAUCUUAAAUCAAGAUGCAAUGCUGGCUGUUUAGGCGUUUAUAUGUUCACUAAAUUUGCUUGCAGAAAAGGG